AAAUUGUUGAUGCGGGAAUGAGAGGUCGAUAUUGAUGAGAGUUGGGUGUUCAAGACUUUGAGUUGAAUUUUUGCGGAGUCAAUCGUCGUCUUCAUUACGCUCAUUUAUAGGUCGCUUAUUCUUUGCAUACAACGCGAACGCUUCUGCUAGUUCCCAUUUUACAACCUACCACAAUCCCGAAUUACAACCACCUCCAACACCAGCAUGGAGACCCUCGAGGAAAUGCAAGCUCGCCAUCGCAAAGAGCAGAAAGACCUACAAUCACGCGUAACCCAAAAGAAGAAAAACGCCUCUAAAAAGACACGCAAAGGCGUCAACACCGAAUGCGAAGAACUCGAACAUCAACUCAAAGAGCGACAAGCACAAGAGCUCGCAACUCUCAACGGCGAACCCCUCGAGCCUCCCGAAAUCGACGAACCUGCAGAUGAGGAGCCUGUGGAUGGAGUGGCGGAUGCUCUGGCAGAGAGUAGCAUAUCCACACCAGCUGAAUCGGAGAAUGGAGAUUCGGAGCAGGGACAGGGAGGACAUAAGAAGAGGAAUCGAGCGAAGGAACGACUUGCUCGACGAGCGGCGGAGACGGCUGCAGCGGUCGAAGCUGCGAAAUUAGAAGCGCAGUCUCAACCUGAUGUUAAGGAGCUCGAGCGAAAGAAGAUCUCGGAGCAAAUAGAGGCUAAUGGGUUGGUUGAGAGGUUGAUUAGACCGGAUGGUCAUUGUUUGUUCUCUGCGGUGGCGGAUCAGCUGCAGCAGGUUGGUAUAUCGGUCGGUGAGGAAGAGGGGGAGGGAGAAAAGUAUAAGGUGGUUAGGGGCAAGGCCGCGGGGUAUAUGCAGAGGCAUGCGGAUGACUUUGAGGGGUUUUGUGAAGAGCCUUUGCAAGAACAUGUUAAGAAGAUUAGAGACACCGCGGAAUGGGGUGGGCAUCUGGAGUUGUUGGCUUUGAGUAGGGUUUAUGGGGUGGAGAUUUGUGUUUUGCAGGAUGGGCCUAUGCAAGCCAUCGAGCCGGGAGACGAGAACAAGAAAGGAGAGGAGGAGAAGGAGAAGAUCUGGUUGGCAUAUUACAGGCAUGGUUUUGGAUUGGGAGAGCAUUACAAUUCCUUGAGGAAGGCUCCUUGAAUGGGAAGGACAACAC